GUCUAGUAUCUGUUCAAACCUGGCAAAGGCGAAGUCUGCAGCAAAGGGUUGUAUCUUCUGUGGCUUGUUGAGCCCCUCUCAUACCUGCGAGCCUUACAUGCUGACAAAAGCCGCUACGGUAUGUGUUGUUCCGUCCAUCAUAAUGACUUUGUUCAAAUUGUUUUGCAAAAUAUCUUCCCUUGAGCCAAUCUUCUGCCAAAGUAUAUCUGGAACAAUUGCACAAGACCGUGCAAGGUCUCCAAUGUAAUCCUUUGUUCAUUUUCUCAUCAACCCCAGCAGUGAGUUGUGUGGCAACAGUUCAGCAAAACAACUCCACUGUUUUUUCCUUGAAUAUCCUGUGAUGUGAAAGGCAUAAAAAAGAGGGAUAGGCUCCAGUAGCUGCAGCAGUUAAGCUCCUCUGCUGUUGCCAUAUAACGGCAAAAGGAUCUUAUUGCAUUAUAUGUCACUCUUAGCAUGAAUUAAUGAACUCAUAUGAAUGAGACCAGACUUACACACGCUCAGGUUUGCUUUAUCAUCCUCUGGAGUUGUUGAUUCUUAACACGAACACAAUGUCUUAUGAGCAGGAUUAUCUAUAUCCACUGAAAAACCAUGAUGUUUGUUUUUCUUAGGAGCGUGCAGUCCUUCCCCACCCCCACCCCCAUCCUUACAGCAACUGUAUGAGGUAGGGGCUCAGAGGCUAACUCAUCAACCUGGUCCCCAAAUAAAAUUGAAAACAUGCCUUUCUUUACCUCAGAAUUUAUUUCUGCAUCAUGUGUCUUAUCCCUAAAAUUAUUGCAACAGAAGUUGCAAGAAUAGGUGCUGGGUCACUGGGAACUAAUAGCAAUGACAGGCAAAAGGAAAAAAUAUAUAUCAUACUGUUGCACUUGGUAUAUAAUAUAUAUACACACACACAAAAUAUUCUGCGUGAUUUUCUAUAAUACUAUUAUAUAUAAAAUAUGGGUGUGUGUUAGGGUACUGUAAGUUGAGUCAUUGCUAUAUGCUCAACAACUGGCCUUUCACCAGGUUAGUUCACAUACUCUGUCAAUGAAGAGGGGAUUGUGAACAUUCUCUGGUCAAUAUACACAAUCUCCAACAGACCGUGGGGAAUGUGCAUAUCUCCACUGCAUUUUGCACAUGCCAUUAAUUUCUGUGGAACUUACUUCUUACUUUUUCAUACCUUCAGGAAAUGUGUGCGUAAACAGUUCUACAUAUAGAGCCUAUAGGCACAGGAUUGUAUGUACAUACGUUGUGUUAAGAGUUAACCCUUCUGAUGAAUGUGUAGCAGCAGUGGCGUAGAGGCAAAUUUUGAAGUGCCAAGACUCUGGUCUUGCCUUAAAGCUCCAUGGCCUCACUUUUUAAAAAUCUAACAAACACAACUGCAGGCCAUAUUCCCAUUGUGUGACCCUUUUAACUCCCCAAGCCGGGCAAAACAAAUGUUGUUUCUUUACAGGCGCAUAAUUAACCCCUUGAGUAUGUAGGCAGCUAAAGCUAAAUAAUUAUGGUAUUUAAUUUUCCAGUAGCUGAUGAAAAUCUCUUUUAGGCUCCUAAUUGGCUGCCACCUCCUAUUAGAGCUUACUUUGAGCAUUUGAAAUAAUCGACUUGGGAAAUACGUGACUUGAGCAAGAGGAUAAAGCAACAGCUGAUAGAAUGGGAUGCAAUAUUGUCUGGGCUUAUGAAUAAAAGGAAACACAUGGUGGGAAAUGUUUGUAUUCCAUAUUUUAUCUGAGUGAUCCAAGAUAAAAACAUAUGGUGAGCCUGCUGGAUCAGGCCAAGGGCCCAUCUAUUCCAGCAUCCUGUUCUCACAGUGGCCAACCAGAUGCCAGUAGGAAACUCACAAGGAGGGCCUGAGCACAGGAGCACUUUCUCCUCAUGUGGUUUCCAGCAACUGGCAUUCAGAACCAUUACUGCAGUAAUGUGGAGGAAGAGCAGAACUAUCAUACUCAUCAUGUCUCCAGAUAUCUCAUCAAGCCAGAUAAAACCAAAUCAGUUUUGAAGUUUGACACAGAUCAUGCUCCGUUUCCAAUGCAGGGAUUGUGCAAAAAGUAAAUCAGUAGAUUUGUAGUGGACUGGCAGUAGAUUUGUAGUGGAUUCAGUAGAUUUGUAGUGGAUUGGCAAAGCUUUAUGACCCCCAACUGUAGUAACUCUGAUGUAAUUUGUACUUGUUUAUCUAGAUCCCUCCACUAUUCGGCUCCCAGGGUGAUGGUGAUUAAUUCAUUCCAUCAGUAUUGUAACUAAGCCUCACAAAAGUUACUAGCUUACAUCAUCACCACUGGACGCUGGGGAGCGGGGGGGGGGGGACAACAGCAAAUAAUGUUCCUCUAGCAGUUCUCCAAUUUCUAUGUUUGGUGCAUAGAGGAUGGAGCCCUCCAUAUUUCCUACAACUGCUCGCUCCCUCACCUGCAUGUCACUUAUAGUUACCAGGCUAGUGCUUAAAUGCAAGGAUGGGUUCUACCUCAUCAGACACUAUUUAGGACCUGGCUCUGGUUGGUGACUCUUAGGCACUCUUGUAAACAAUAAUGUAAUGCUGAAAGCCUGACAUUGACCUGAGGAUAUAAAGAAAGCAGACAUAAACUGAGAAGAUGAGCGGUUGGUAUAAAAAGGUCUUGAAUUUGAUCAUUAACAUAGUUAAAGCAAGGGGUCCCCGUUUCUUGACAGGUACUUCUUUUCAUUAUGCCUUCAAUUGCUCUUCUGCAUCUGGUGAGAUGCACAGACAUUGCUGUAUCCCAGAUAUUAAUUUCUCAUAUGCUCAGGGGUAUUUCAGUCUGGUUCUUUCAUUGCUGAGAUAUCGCUGGUCAUGCUGUGGUCAGUAAGAAACCUACUGUUCUGCAGGGGUGAGCCCAAAUCUAUGUCCAAAGAUAGGAGGGCUAAGGCAAGAUUUGGAGAAAGAGGUUGGCUUGUAAUUGUAGAUACAAUGGAGAAUGCUCUAUUCCAAAUGUUUUUAACAUGGGGACAUUCCCACCAAACAUGAAUAAAGUUGCAAACUUAGUAUGUAAAAGUGGGGGAAUUUCUUGUUUAGAUUGGAAAAACAAGAAACUGAGAAAACUGGAAUUGAUAGAUUCACCCAUUCCUACUUAUUUUAAAAACCUUUACAUGCCUGAUCAAAAGUAAGUACCUUUGAGGUCAAUUGAUUUACUUCCAUGUAAGGGGACAGAGGAUUGGAGACUUUGAUACCCAAUUAAGCUGUAAAUAAAUGCAUCAAGUAGCUGAAUUAGCAGCAUGUGUUUAUUAGGAGCCAAUUACAUGAUCCCUUGGCAGUUUUUAAUUAAUGAUUGUCAGCCCAUGGAAACUAAUUGGCUAAGGUUAAAAUGAACAUGAAAAUCUCUUGGUAAAGUUAACUGCCUAAAGUUACUUUUAGUCGUUCAUUGUUCUAGCAAAAGAAACCACUGUAUAGCGAAAUUAGGUAAAGGAGCUGCAGAUUUAAAAACAAAACAAAACCAGCAACUCACAAAACCAGCUACUUGCAAAUUAAACAGUACUAUUUGCUAUGCGGUCAUACAGAGAAGAAGACGAGGACUUUAUUACCAUGGGGCUUCAUGUCAGUAGAACAUUCAGCUCAGUUUUUCUGCUUACCAGAACCAAGUAAUUAAGGUUCCACAGGCCUUAUAUCCAAGGGCAGGAGGUUCUGCUGUGCUUUUUCUGCUGUAGAACAAAGAACAAGACAAUAACUGGGAAAUUGCACCUUGCAUAUCCAUUUAGAAUGUAACCGCUGUAAAAGUCUUCUCCCUAUUUUUUUUAUUUUUUUUUAGUUGCAUUUCCCCCUCAAAUGCUGCAGGCAGGUCAUUUCAAAGGACACUGGUGUUGGGAUGAAAGGUGGGUUGUGGAAAAGUAGGUAGCAAUAUAGUAACUAGAGUUGGAAGAUUGCAACCUCUGUUUCCUGGCAGAAGCUGAACUAAGCAUGACUCCUUUUAAUUGUUCAUUGCAAUCUUAUCUCACCUUUAUUUCAGGAGUUCAAGGUAGCAUACAGGCAUCCUUUGCAUUCUACUCACAUGUGACCACAUAUACAUGUAGCACCAGGAAAUAAAUAAAUAAAUAGAAUCAUGCUAGGAAAUGUCGGGAUAGAGCUUGGAGAAUCCUUGUGGCUAGUGAGGAGACCCUCCCCAAAGCCCGAAGAGGAUGUCAGUGAGGGUGAAGGAAGCCCCAAAGAAACCUGAGGUGCAGCAGAGCUUUGUUUAAGCUGCUUUGCCUCCCUGCCUAAGCAGCUGGCAUGUGGGGCAGUGCAGCAGCUGCUGCCACUUUUCUGCUCAUCCGCCAACCUUCUGCUGGCCCCAGAGCUCUAGUUGCAGAGACAGUUGUGCAGAGAGAGAGCUGGAGAGGGGAGCAGAAUGGACAUUUAGAGGCUUUUUAGAGGGUGCUCCCCACAUUCACUUAGGCAUGAGGGGCCUGGAAUGUAACCCUCACAUAAGUAGGGGGAUGCCUGCUUUUCUUCCCUGUGGUAAAGUGAAAAGUUCUGUUAGAUUCCAAGCGAUUGCACUACUGUGCAUAUGACUAAUGCUUAAGUAUCCACCGUAUCUUUUCAAGGGGAGCGGAUGUGGAAGAAAAUGGAGCCAACCAGUGACUUCCUUGCCCUGGACCUACCAGGUCCAGUGGUUAACAGCUGCCCACUUCUUCCGAUUCCUUUUAGCUUUUUGCACCCAGAGUUCAGUGGCUGGCCUCUGGUCCUUUGAACAGCAAACCUGCUUCUCACUUCAGCAAGCAGCAGGAAAGACAAUGAAGAACUAUGGGGUGGGAGGGAUAGAUAGCGAGCAGGCAGGACUUCCAGCCUUCAAUCUUGCAACCCUGUAAGGAGCCUGGUGAAGUGGCUGUGCACAUGCUGUGCCUGCCCAGCUCCUCAUUAAUUAGUGUGGGCUGGUAUCUGCUGUGCUACUGCUGCGGCUUCUGAGAGGCUGACAACAGUAGCAUGGGAAAGUGAGGAUUUGCAUUGGAAAAACUCAGACUUGGUUUCCUCUCGAGACAUCUUGCAUAAGAAGCUGAAUGUCAAAAGCUUGGCUAUCUCUGGUUUACACCAUUGUCUUCCAUUAUUUCAGAGGGGAAGAGAUGUUUGUUGGCUUGUUUUUGCAGAUCCCAUUGUGGGUUGGUUCUUUCCAGUGUACUUGUGUACUAUGAGACGCGUAAUUUUUCCUUCCACCCUUCCAAGCAAUAGUGUUUUCCCUCCCAGCUGCAUCACAAUGGCAAAUUUACCUGCUUCAGUUUCCAGCGUGGGAGCUUAGAAAUAACAACAGGAAGACAACUUAUCCUCAGCUGUUGCUACAGGUAUUUUUCGGUGCUGAUCCAUUAUUGAAUUUCAUGUUAGAGACUAGCAAAUUGGUGGGGAUUGAUGUAAAUGAUCUUUGAACUUCAAGGCUGAAAGAUGCUUUGUGGCUACAGUCCUAUACACGUGCACCUCAGAGUAUUAGACACAUAAAGGAUUGCAUUGUAAAAGCAAUCCAUUUCUGUUAAAACAGAUUUCCAAGCCGGAUUUAAGCUAUUUUGCUGCUGCUUACUUUAGUGAGCAAAAAUCCAAGCAGUUUUCACUUACUGGUUUAUGGGUCAUACAUCUUCCCAUUAGUUAGCUAGUUCCAUAAUGAGAUUAUCUGCAGCUUCAGUAUCUUAAACUCCAUAAAUACUAUUUUAAGUCUGUUCUGGACACGGAUGUAGUCAGAUAUUAGUCUGAGUAAUAUAGUUUGUCUUUCCAUUUAGCAAUACCAAUUUACAUCUUCCAGCUAUUGCUAUAUUCACUAGUAUGUGAGUGGAUGUAUACACACAAUAUAUUGCCUAGGAACAGGACUUUCUGAGUCAACAUUUUAGGAUUGUGCUGCUAGUCUGGGUCCAUGACUGGCAUGGGAUUCUCUUGCACUACAAAAAUCUUGUUUAUUUAAAAAAUGUACGCAUUCUAUGUUUCCUGUUUCUAUAGUUCUAUAGAAGUUAGAGCAUUUUCCCAAUCAAUAUAUGACUUGGUAAUGCAAGGUGGAUCCAACAGAAAGUCCUCAGUAACCUCUCUACGUUGUUUCCAAAGUAGCACCAAGCAAAUCCUUGCAUGAGCAGAACAAUUUUUACUUGAGCCAUGAUAUUUCCCCCCUCUCAUUCCCUUGCAUGCCCCUUAAAUGUUCUGGGGUUUCCUCUCAUCCAAAGCAGAUUUAGGGAGGGUGUAGGACAUGCACAGGCAAGUGAAGUGGGGGAAAGUCCCAUUGCACAAGUUGAAGUUCUUCUGCUUGUGCAACUAUUUAGUUGGAUACCAUCCUAAAUUUGGAAAUUAACCAGUGCAUACAAUUGCUCCCUUUUAGGUGCCCUGUUGCCUUUCGCAAUGGAUGCUGAUAGCCAUAGAAGCAUAAGCAAACCUGUGACAACAACAUUUGUUUUGUGAACACCCUUGAUUUAGGGCAGUCUAGGGACUUGUAUACAAUUUUCACGUCCCUUUGAAAAUAUGAAACAAAAGCAUGGCUUUGUUUUCCCUGAAGUUAUGGCAAGAUUCCCCACCCCCCUUCUAUUUGUUCCAGCUUCUUUCCCCUCCACCCCCUUUUCUUUUUUCAUUUCUAUAGACAUCUCCAUCCACUUUGAUCCAAACUGUAUUCCAGACAUAAUCAUUAAAGUUUUCAGUUCUUAUAAGAUCUAAUUACCCACCUACUUUCACACAUUUUUAGCAUUGGCUGCAACCGUAUCACCAAACUGUCUUUGAAAGGCUGCCAAGUAGAUGUCAAACAGAAAUGGUUAUCAGCCAGCAUGAAAUGAAAGCCGUCUCCUGUGCAGAUACCCUUGUCAGAAUUUGGCAGUGUAACUGAGAAGAACACAUCUAGGGACAUGAGUGGAAAGCUUAUGUCAUUUAUGCAAGGAAAAAGACUACAAAGUGAUUCCAUCACACUGAGUCUAUAACAUCCUACAGAGGCAGAAACAUUUUAAUCUAGCAUAUUAAGGCCAAAGCAAACUCAAACGGGUGAAAAGGGGGCUGAUACAGGCUUGAAAGAAAUCACCAGUUUUUAACAGUACAGAAAGGUUAUCAGUUGGAACAAUGCCUCCAAAGAUAUGAUUGCGAUAUAUAUCACUUGAAAUUAAGGCCUGCAUGCUUGUUUGUUAUUUAUGGCAUUGUUAAUCACACUCUUGCUCUUGGGAGCUUAGGGAGAUAUAAAUGCUUCUCCUGUUUUAUCCUGACAAUGAUUCAGGAAGUUAGAAAAGUUAAUGACUGGCCCAACCUCAUUCAGUGAGCUUCUAUUAUUAUUAUUAUUAAAUCAUUAUUGAUAAUAAAAAUAAUAAAAAUCAUUAUUAAUAUCAAUCUGUUUCUUGUAUCCCAUACAUCUGACUGGGUUGCCCCAGCCACUCUGGGAUGUUUCCAACAAAAUACAAAGGAACCCAACGAAACAUGAAACAUUAAAAGCUUCCCAAAACAGGGCUGCCUUCAGAUGUCUACGAAAAGAUUGUUUAUCUCUUUGACAUCUGACAGGAGGGCAUUCCACAGGGUGGGCACAACUUGGAUACUGCUAAAUCAAGUGGCAGGGAAGGGAGGAAUCUUCUCAGAAUGGUGCACAAGAAUUCAAUGUAAAAUUAAAAUGCAAAGAUCGGAAGAAGAUAAAUCCAAAAUGAAACACAUGAGGAUGUCUGCCUAAUAUACAAAUCUAGGUGCUAAAGGCCCCAUUCAUUGUGGUUGCCAAACAGAUGUCAUAAGGAACACUUAGCAAUGCCUGAGUGGAGGUUCUUGCUGGUUCUAGGCCAACAUUCUGAUUACUACACCGUGCUGCCUCUGAAAGGCCUCUCACUUUUUCAAGCAGGAAUGUCUGCUUGCAGAAUAACUUUUCCCCCUAUCUUAGAAUUCAGCAUCUUAAGCAACUUUUCAGUUUUCCAGCAUGCAAUAAUUUUGCAAACAGAAGGGCUUACAUGGAUGCACUCCUAAAUAAAUACAUGAGUGGGCUGUGUGUGUGUGUGUUCCAAUCAACAAAAAAGGAACUUAAUUUAAUUUACAUAUGGCUUUGUUGACUGCUGGUGGGGGGGAACCAAUUCUCUGCUACUUUUCAACACUUUUGUCUUGUAGAAUACACAGAGCGAGCAACCUUCCUCCCAGCAGGGUUACGCCGCGAUGCAAGUCUGGUUCGUCGUGAACAUGCUUGGUUUCAUUUCUCUCGACAUGAUAGGGAUCCCAGGAAAUCUAGCCAUCCUCUAUGCCUUCCUCAAAGCCACCUGCCGGCAAAACUUCACACCCAGUGAAAUCAUCCUGGGCAAACUUGCACUGGCCAACCUCCUGGUGAUCCUGACCAGGGGUGUCCCACUCACCUUGCAAGCAUUUGGCAUCCACACCAUGCAUGAUAAUUUGACCUGUGGCAUCACCCUCUACAUCUAUUGUGUGAGCAGAGCCAUGAGCAUCUUCUUAACUUCCAUGCUGGGCUGCUUCCAGUGCCUCCUCAUUGCUCCAUGUCCUCUCAGAUGCUUGCGGCUAAGGCACAGCAUCCUUGCAAAACUCCCUUCCAUCAUGAUUUCCCUUUGGUGCUUCAACCUCCUGGUCUGCUGUACCCGUUUGCUUUACUCCCUGCCUCGCACCGGUACCAACUGCACCGAGGAAGAGAUCACGGUAGUGUAUGACUUCUGCUGUGUGGUGUUUCCUAACCAACUCUUGUACUUUGGAAAUGGAGUGGUAUUUGUCACUCGAGACAUUUUCUUCCUGGGGUUGAUGAGCCUCUCAAGUGGAUACCUCCUCUUUGUUUUUUGGCAGCAUGGGAAACUGAUGAGCCGCUUGCCCAUGCUACAGCUGAAGCAUUCAGAGAUCCGAGCAGCAAAAUCAGUCAUGGGCCUGCUGGCCAUGUACCUUCUCAGCUUUGGACUGGACAGUGUCUUCUGGAUGGUCAACCUUUGUGUAUCCCCAGUCUCACUGAGGUUUGCAGAUGCCCGCAUGUUUUUUGACUCCUGCUACUCAGCUAUAAGUCCCAUGUUGAUUAUCCUAACCAACAGAAAGAUUCAGGCAGGCCUGAAGUGUGCUAUUGGGAACAUUCCUGGAAAGAGAGAGCUACCAAAUGCAGACAUGUCUAAGAAUUGUCAGGGACAAACAAAUGAGCGCAUUAAAAAGUCUCAGUCUUAA